AUGGAGCUCCAAGAUCUGGAGAAUUUCUCGGAAGAGGAGCUGCUCAGGCUUCUCGAGGACCCCUGGACCAUCAAAAUGAUGAAUCUGGGGCAAUGCUUCAACGGGCUGCAAGAUUUCUUCUGGCCAUUGUGGAAAAAGUUGAUCGGUUUUUCAGUAUUACAACUACUUGUAUAUCACACUUGCCAAUUUCAAUACAGUAAGUUCUAAAAAGCUGCUCUAAUCGCGCGUUUUAGUCACUGAAAGACGCGCUCACAUCAUUGUGACAGCGCUGGGAGUGUAUUUACUACUUUUACAGUCAAACUCAACUGUUAAUUUUGUAAUCCCGCUUAUAAAUUGGGCCGUAUUUUACAUUUCGGACCAGUUUAUGUUGGGGAGAAAUGAUCGAGGCAAAGUCUGCAUCCUCAUUUCAAUAUUGUCACUAAUUUUUUGGUGAGUUUGUGCGAUUUUUUUUGGAAAUUUCGAAAAAAUUAUAAUAAUUUAUAUUACUUUAGGCAAGUCAACUUGUCAGCUGUUGCCUUUUCUCAAAUCAGAGGAGUAAUUAUGAUAAUGUGUAUGAAAUUGAUCUCUCUAACGUUUGACGACCUUAAUCCCAGCAUGUUCGAGAAUCUGGCAUUCGUUUUUAACCCGUCUACUGUAAUUUUUGGGCCAUUUAUUCGAUUGGAUCAGUUCAGAGAGAACUUUAUUCGACCUGUAAGCGAUUUAUUACACUCUAAACUAUUUGAAACAUCUCUAUUCCUACUAAUUACUAGCUCAUCUUCAGAACACUACAGUAAAAUCUCUUAUUUUGGUCCCCAUCUACAGUUUAAUCGCAUUUUUCUUCGUAUUUUACUCGACUUGUCUCACAGAUUUUAUCCCUACAGAUCCUCAAAUCCUUGGGGACUUUGCUACAGCUCAGUCGUUCCGAUUCAGCCACUUUUUUGUGUGUUAUUUAUCGUUAACUACCGCUUUGUUGGGCGGAUUUUCUUUCAACUUCCAAGUCGCGGGCGCCUUGCAAGUUGAAUGGCCAAGAUCAAUGGGCCAAGUGGUCGUCCAUUGGAACUACCCGAUGCAUCAGUUUUUACAUCAAUGUGAGCUUAUAUUAACUGCGAAAAAAGUUCUGAAUCUAUAUUAUUUUAGAUCAAUAAUAUUAUAAUUGCCAUUUUUUAGAUGUUUUUCGACGAGUUUUGUCCUCCGGCUACGCUCUAGCAAUGCUGGCUUCAUUUGCUAUGAGCUCAAUCCUUCAUGGCCUGAAUUUUCAACUCUCAGCUGUCCUAACUUCUUUAGCAUUCUAUGCCUAUGUUGAGUCCAUUUUUCGUCGAAAACUCAGCAAUUUCCUUGGAGUUUGUGCUAUGGACAGAAAAUGUCCGGAAAAGUGCCCUCACACCCACAAAGAAGUAGGCUUGCAUCGAAAAAGAUCAUUUUUAUUCCUAGUGUAAUAUCAAGUAUAACGUAAUUUAUUCCAGAAUUCUUUCCAAGCCCUGGCAAUCAAUCUAAUCUUCACUUUCCUCAACAUCUACCAUCUAAUAUACCUUGGCAUGCCAUUUGACGGAACCUUACAAGAAACCGGUUAUUCUUUUUCCCACACGAUCUCUCAUUGGUCCCGAUGGAACUUUUCCUCUCAUCUGAUUGCCAGCUUUAUGCUAUUUUUAGGACUUUUAUAA